ACGACAAACAAAAGAUUAUGUAUAUGAUAAAGUGUAGGUUCACAAAGAGCUAAACUUAAAGGACUAGCUUGGAUGUUGGACAUGCAAGGCAAAGUAGCUAGCUUCACUAUGCGAGUCACAAUAGUAUGAAUAUUGACUAUGCUUACAAAUUAUAUGGGCUUUAUAAGGGCCCAUAAAUCCGUACGAACAAGCCCAACAGUCUUUAGAGCCCAGUUUGCCAUCCGGAAACGUUAUUGCCGUCGUCGUCACUCGGAGACGACGAAGUUUCUCUCAAUACCGAUGGCUUCGAAGCUUCAGAAAUGGCGAAACCUGUCAAAUCGUAUAGAUCUGAUCUCUCGGAGAGACGCUCUAUCGACGAUACGGCUCCUCCACGAAGGUCCAGACACGAUGGAGGAGCUCCUGGAUAGACACCUCGCGAAGAAAGAGAAACCACCGCUGAUCAACGACGACGAGGCCGAGUAUCUGAACAGGCGGCGUCUGACGAGCACGCGCCGCGAGGCGCUGAGUUUGUACCGGGACAUAUUGCGCGCGACUCGGUUCUACACGUGGACGGAUUCGAGGGGAGUCCUGUGGAGAGACGUGCUGAGAGAGAACGCUAGGAAGGAGUUCGAGGCGGCGCGGUUCGAGACGGAUCCGGAGAUUGUCACGAGGUUGCUGAUCGGUGGAAGCGACGCCGUUUCGUCUGCUUUGGAUAAGCUCGCGGAGAAGCAAAAGGAGAUGAUUGAGAGAAAAACACGUGGCGAACAACCGUGAAUCCGAGUUCUUGUUCCUUUCUUUUAUUGUUUAAAUCAGUUUAAAAUUGUGUGUUGUUUUGUUAAUUGGGUCUUUGAUUAGUAUAAACAAAUUAUUCAA